AUGGUCAAGGUCAAGGUCAAGCACGCACCAAAGCACCACCACCCACCAAGCACACAAACCAGGGCCCAGGUCAAGUCAACCGGUGCCAGAUACAGAGUACAGGAGACUGGCCAGACGGACAGCCGCCUGCACACAGCAGGACCUGCCAGCAGACUGCAGAGAUACAUGAUGUACCUCUGA